UACGGCGUUCUAGACCAGGAUAUCUACAACUUUGACGAGACUGGAUUCGCUAUGGGCGUCGCUGCAACGUCAAAAGUUGUAACUAGCGCUGAUAGAGUUGGUCGAGCAGUCGUCAUCCAUUCUAUAUUCCGACGCUACAUCGUCUUGCUGCCGGCUUGA